AUGACUUCUUCAGCUACGACCGUCGAGUUGGCGAUCGGGAAUCGCUUCCGAGUUUUGGCUUCUUGCAUGGCCGCAUUUGGGAAUGGAACGAAUGACUCUGCCCCUGGGGCAUUGAUAGCGACCUAUGGCACAGUAGCGAUUAUUUUCGUAUGCAAUGCACUGGGUUUCAUAACUGCAGCCUUCUUCAUAAAUGCGCUUUCGGUGAGACUGGGGCGUGCGAAGACCUUGAUGAUAGCUGAAGCUUUGCUCUUGGUUGGAUAUAUCACGAUAGUUCUGACGCCCCCAUUUCCAGUCGUCGCCGCUUCAUUCUUCGUUCUUGGUCUUGGUAUGGCGACCAACCUCGCAAUCUGCCAGGUCUUCUGCUCCAAUCAAGUGAACAACACCCCAAUACUGGGACCAUUUCAGGGAUGCUAUGGAAUUGGGGGCAUCGCGGGGCCUCUGAUCGCCACAGCGCUAGUAUCCAGAGGCUACCUAUGGUCAAGAUACUAUUUUAUUGAGGUGGGCCUCGCUGCUUUCAAUCUCGUCUUUUCCGCCUGGGCUUUCUGGAACAUCGAACUCGAGACCGAUUCCGUCACACAAGGAAACGAGCAGAGCCCUAGCCAUCCUCAGAAUCUAGAAGGGACUGGUGCUGGGAAGAAGCGGAAGUUGCAAUCUUUCAGGACGCUGAUCUCUAAUAAGCCUACGCUUCUGGGUGCCUGCUUCAUCUUCGCAUAUCAAGGAGCGGAGGUCUCAAUCUCGGGAUGGGUUAUCUCCUUCCUGGUCCAGUUCCGCCAUGGAGACCCGAGCAAAGUCGGGUUUGUCACGUCUGGGUUCUGGGCGGGUAUUACUCUUGGUCGUUUCACGCUCUCGUUCUUAGCCCAUCGGAUUGGCGAGCGUUUAUUCGUCUUUAUCGUCACCGCUGGUGUUAGUGAUUCGGUGGCCGUUGCGUUCUCAGGCCUCUUGCUCGGUCCCGUGUACACAUGUGCCGUCCAUAUCUUUGCGCGUCUGAUCCCGUGGAAGAUGCACAUCCUAUCGCUGUCACUGAUCGGGUCCGUUGGGAGUUCAGGAGGCGCGGUGGCGCCGUUCAUGACGGGCAUGCUGGCGCAGCAUGUUGGGACUUUUAUCUUGCAUCCCAUAUGUAUUGUGCUUUUUGUGUGGAUGGGCGCUUGCUGGUGGUUACUUCCGAAGCCGGAGAAGAGGUCUGAAUAA